AUGAGAUGGAGGUCAGGUUCAGACUACAUAUUUUCUCUCUCUCUCUCUAUCUAUUUCUCUCUCUCUAUCCCUCUCUCUCUCUCUCUCUCUCUCUUUUUAUCUAUCUAUCUAUCUAUCUAUCUAUCUAUCUAUCUAUCUAUCUAUGUGUCUGUCGGUCUCUCUCUCUCUCUCUCUCUCUCUCUCUAUUUAAUUCUACCGUCUACCGGUAGACCAAUCAAUCUAUCUAUCCCAGUCAAUAUCUAUCUAUCUAUCUAUCUAUCUAUCUAUCUAUCUAUCUAUCUAUAUAUGUGUUCUGUUCAUAUCUAUCUAUCUAUCUAUCUAUCUAUCUAUCUAUCUAUCUCAGUUCAUAUCUAUCUAUCUAUCUCUCUCUCUCUCUCUAUAUAUAUAUAUAUAUAUAUAUAUAUAUAUAUAUCAUUCUGUUCAUAUCUAUCUAUCUAUCUAUCUAUCUAUCUCUCUCUCUAUAUAUAUAUAUAUCAGUUUGUUUCAUAUCUAUCUAUCUAUCUAUCUAUCUCUCUCUCUAUAUAUAUAUAUAUAUAUAUAUAUAUAUCAGUCUGUUCAUAUCUAUCUAUCUAUCUAUCUCAGUCUGUUGAUAUAAAUUUAAGUCUGUUCAUAUCUAUCUAUCUAUCUAUCUAUCUAUCUAUCUAUCUAUCUAUAUAUAUAUCAGUUUGUUCAUAUCUAUCUAUCUGUCUAUCUAUCUAUGUAUAUUUAUAUAUAUAUAUAUAUAUCAGUCUGUUCAUAUCUAUCUAUCUAUCUAUCUAUCUAUCUAUCUAUCUAUCUCUCUCUCUAUAUAUAUAUAUAUCAGUUUGUUCAUAUCUAUCUAUCUGUCUAUCUAUCUAUUCUGUUCAUAUCUAUCUAUCUAUCUAUCUAUCUCUAAUUAUCUGUCUGUCGUUCGGUAGAUUAGUCUGUCUGUCUGUCUGUCUGUCUUUCUUUCUUUCUUUCUUUCUUUCUAUCUAUCUGUCGGUCACUCUCUCUCUCUCUCUCUCUCUCUCUCUCUCUCCCCAUUUAAUUCUACCGUCUACUGGUAGAUCAGUCAAUCUAUCAGUCGGUCGAUAUCUAUCUCUAUCUAUCUAUCUAUCUAUCUAUCUAUCUAUCUAUCUAGACUUUUCUAUCUCAUUUUAUUUUUCAUUUUAUUCUUUUCAUUCAUUCAUUCAUUCAUUUGUUUUCUUUUUUCUGUUUAUUUUUUUCUCUUUGUUUGUCUUUUCGCUUCCUUCCUUCCUUCCUUCCUUCCUUCCUUCCUUCCUCCUUUUGUCCUUUCUUUUCUUCAUUCUCUUCCUUCCUUCCUUCCUUCCUUCCUUCCUUCCUUCCUUCCUUCCUUCCUACAUCCUCUGCUUCUUUCUUUCUUUCUUUCUUUCUUUCUUUCCUGUUUUUCUUUUCCUUCCUUCUUUCCUUCAUUCCGUCAUUCUUUCUUUCUUUCUUUCUUUCUUUCUUUCUUUAACCACCUCUUCCUUCCUCUACUUCUUCCUUCCUCCACUACUUCUUCCUUUUUUGGCAACUUUCCACCUUUCUUUCUUUCUUUCUUUCUUUCUUUCUUUCUUUCUUUCUCUCUUUCUUUCUUUCUUUCCUUCCUUCCUUUCUUCUUUCCUUCUUCUUCUUCUUCUUCUUCUUCUUCUUCUUCUUCUUCUUCUUCUUCUUCCCUCCUCUGCUUCUUCUUUCUUUCCUACCUUCGUUCUUUUUCUUCUUCAUCUUCUUUCUUUCUUUCUUUCUUUAACCACCUUUCCUUCCUCACUUCUUCCUUCCUCCACUACUUCUUCCUUUUUUGGCACCUUCCUUCCUUCCUUCCUUCCUUCCUUCCUUCCUUUCUUCUUUCCUUCUUCUUCUUCUUCUUCUUCAUCUUCUUCCCUCCUCUGCUUCUUUCUUUCUUUCCUACCUUCGUUCUUUUCUUCUUCAUCUUCUUUCUUUCUUUCUUUCUUUAACCACCUCUUCCUUCCUCUACUUCUUCCUUCCUCCACUACUUCUUCCUUUUUUGGUAACUUUCCACCUUCCUUCCUUCCUUCCUUCCUUCCUUCCUUCCUUCUUUCCUUUCUUUCUUUCCUUCCUUCCUUUCUUCUUUCCUUCUUCUUCUUCUUCUUCUUCUUCUUCUUCUUCCCUCCUCUGCUUCUUUCUUUCUUUCCUACCUUCGUUCUUUUCUUCUUCACCUUCUUUCUUUCUUUCUUUCUUUCUUUCUUUCUUUAA